GUCCAAUAGAUACACGUCUGUAUAGUCAGCCCCUGCACACCAUAUAUCCGGCCGCUGAAGACAUUACGCAAAAGGUUCAGAGGUCGCGGAUGGCAGCCUCAAAGGGCUUGCGCGUUCUGCGGGGUCCGAACUGGCAAAGUGGAGAUGCAGAUGGAGGUGAAGGUCACCCGGGCACCGUGGUGGAAUUGCUAAGCAACGGGACGGUGCGCGUGGUGUGGGACUGCGGUCAAGAGUGCACAUGCAAAACUGGAGCUGAUGGCAAAUAUGAAUUGAUAGCGUUUGACACAGCACCCAUCGGGGUUCGUCAUCAAGGGUCUGUAUGUUCAGCAUGUGGUGAGAAAGAUAUUUAUGGUAUGCUCUGGCGGUGCACCCAAUGCAAAAGUUGUUCACUCUGCUCGCCGUGCUACUUUAUGGACAAGCAUGACAUCUCUCAUGUGUUUGAAAGAAAUGAUUCUGAGAGCAAAAGGGAAAUUGUAAAGAAGCGCUCAAUCAGCUUGAAGAUCAGGUCUGUGGGAAUGUAUCCUGGGGCAAAGGCUGUGCGAGGUCGAGACUGGAACUGGGGAGAUCAAGACGGAGGAGAGGGAUCAGUAGGACAAAUCCUUGGCUUUGAGAAUGUGUCACCCUCAUCCUCAAGAGACAUAGUGCGCAUAAAGUGGCCCAGCGGACAGGAAAACAGCUAUCGUUUAGGAUUUGGAGGCUGUGUUGACCUGAAAUGUGUUGAAGAAGUGCCUGGAAUAGAUUACUACAGAGAUCAUUUGCCAGUUGUUGAUACCACAGGAAAGAAAGAUUUAUCAUCUUCGUCCUCAUUAAAAACAUCAUCAUUAUUGCCACAAGGAAGAAGUUCAGAACCAACAGUCCCGGAAAUAGGUCUUCAGUCCUUCGGGGCAUGUGCUCGGCCAGGUGUGGAAGUACAGCUUAAAGAUAAAGUUGCAAUCAAAGUUGGCGAAGAUAAACUGCGGCAGAUGCAGGCCAAUUAUGGAGGCACGACUGCUGCAAUGAUACAGUGCAUUGGACAGACUGGAGAAGUUACUGCUUUUGUUGCCAAUGGAGCUGUCACUGUCAAGUUCAAACGGUUGACAUAUCGUCUAAAUCCCCAAGUCCUGUGCAGGGUGUCUAACUUUCAAAAUGGUAACAUGGUCCGGAUUCGACCAGAUCUUGAAGAGGUCAAAGUGCUGAACAAACGGUUUGGCUGGAAGUCCGAAAUGGCCGCUACCUGUGGCCGUGUGGGUGAAGUAGUGAAGAUUGAUGAAGUGGGAGACCUUGUUGUGGCAUUUGGCAAAGUGAUGUACAUGUAUGCACCAGCUUGUUGCAUACCAUCACCAGGUUCCAAAAUGGAUGUCCUUGCAGAGGACAAAGCCAAUACUUCCAACAGUAGUCAGAAUUCUGGUUCAGGAAGUAAUGAAGAGAAUGAAUUGCAUCAAAAGUUGAUGAAGAUGUUGGCACAGCUGAUGGUGAGUAGAGAGCGUCAUGUAUCAACUGGUGCUGAGGAGGAUGUAGAGAUGGCACAAUUGUAUCAUGCCAUUAAUAAAGGUGAUGUGGAUGCAGUCAAAGCUGUUUGUGAAGCUGAUCGUUCUUUGCUGUCAAGAGUUUACCUAGGAAUGACACUUCUGAUGGUGGCUAGCCAUGAGGGUCAUCACAGCAUUGUGAAUGCACUUCUAAAUCAGGGAGCUGAUGUGAAUGCUAUGGGAGACAAGGACAACACUGCACUGGGAGCAGCUCUUGAAGGCAAAAAGGAGUCCACUGCAUUGCUUUUACUGAGAAGGGGGGCUAAUCCUCGGAUGUUAAACAACAAAAAGCGAAGCCCAGCUCAUGUGGCAGCCUACAACAACAUGGCAGAAGUUCUGCGUGAGCUCAUCAAACUAGGAGCAGAUAUAAACGUCAAGGAUGAAUUUGAAGAUGCACCACUCCAUGAUGCUAUUGAGAAGGACAAUAAAGAAGCCAUUGAUGUUCUUGUAGAUACUCCAAGCCAAAAACUCAGUCUUCAAAACAGGAAAGGCUUCAAUAUGCUUCAGCUUGCAUGUCUCAGAGGCUGUGUUUAUGCGGUGGAGAAAAUCUUAAAGCGUGACAUAUCAAGUGUCAAUGAGCUCAUGAAAGGGGAGUUUAAUGCUCUCCAUAUAGCUGUCACCAAUGACCAUGUUGAAUGUGCAAGACUUCUGCUAGCAGAGGGCAAAGCCUCAGUUAACAUGAAAGGCUCUCAGGGAUUAACAGCACUUCACUUGUCAUGUAAUGAAGCAUUCCCUAGAUGUGUGGAACUCUUGUUAACCUAUGGUGCUGAAGUAAAUAUUACUGCAGAUGAUGGAAACACCCCGUUGCAUCUUGCCCUUGGAACAAGAAGCACCCACUUGAAAAAAAAUCAAACAGAAGAUGCAGAGAAACAAGAACACAGAAAACGAGUGACCGUCGCCUGCAUGCUGCUAGAGAAAGGGGCCUUCAUUGACAUCAAAAACAAGAAUGGGGCAGAACCCCUCCAGUGUUGUCGUCCUGAGACCAUCCGCAAAGGGUUUAAGCAAUUUGUUGAACAAAAUCCUGAAUGCAUCAGAAGGCAGGGACAAGAUGGUACAGGUCCUAGAAGAACAUCUGGUGACAUGAAUGGAUCUGUGGGAACUCUUCUUCAGCUUAUUAACUUACCAUGUGGAAAUUGCUUUAAAAGAUCAAAUGUCACCCUGAAGCCUUGUGGUCACAGAGCUUUGUGCAGUAACUGCUGUUUACAAGUCACAGAGUGUCCUUUCUGUCACCAAUAUAUUGAAGAGAGACUGGUUUCUGGAAGUUCUGAUGGCAGGAAUUCAUCUGAUGAGAAACUUCGAGAACUCUGCAAGCCAAUGUGAUAUUAAUAUAAUGAAGAAACAUCCAUAAAAAUCCAUUAUCCAUGUUAUACCUCAUCUUCAGUGCACAGGAUUUUCCCUAUUUAGGUGACCUCUGUGCAUUUGAGACAGGCCAGAACAUUCAUGGUCACUCUUAACAGCUAGUUUCAGUAGUGCUGCAUGUAUUGUAUGCUGUAUGUAAAAUUUAUGUUUUAGAGGUGGACAUUCACUGUGCUCAUUCUGCUGGAUAAAAAUAAACUAAAGAUCUUAAAAGGAUAAACUGAGAUCAUCUUUCACUUCUCUUUCAAGCUCUGCACUGGGCACUGGUUGAAUAUUGGAAACAGUUUCUGCAUAAGGGAUGUAAAUUAACAAUUGUAGCUUUUGUUUAGUGGUGAACUUGCAGAGCAUUAUCUUUUAAAUUUAAUUCUUUUUCAGCUGUUUUUUGUAAAAUCUGUCAGUGGUGUUUUUUUAAUUGCCUUAUGUUUCCAGAAUCUAUUGCCAUUGUUUUUUUUUUUUGUGCUUUGUACCCAGAUCUGGUACUUUAUUUUCCAUGCUUUAUGAACAGUAAAUUGUUUGGCUUUCACCAAAUCUUCUCCCAUUCCAUUCUGUGCUUUCUAUGGUAAAGGUGUAGUUCUUUUUAAAUGUUGUGAGAGGCUGUACUUGACGACCUCUCUAAACCAAACUUUCCACCUCAGAAGCUAAUUAAGUUCUUCACCAAACCGCUGGUUGGAAGGCAGUGCUACAAGUUGUGUCUUGCUCUUUUAAAGCUUCCCUCUGCCGAAUUUGCACUCCCUCCCACUUUAUACCUGCCGGAAGGUCUAUUGUGCGAUUGGUGCUUGCUUAGCCAUAUCGGAAGAAUACUGAUUGUGCUGAUGGUGUCCACCUAUAGCAGGAGGAUGGGUGCAGCUCCUUUCUUCUCCCUGCAGCCCCCUCUGUUACAAACACAAACUUUCAUGCAAAUCAGCACUGCUGACCAGCACUGCCAACCAAUCAGCUUUCAGCUGCCGUCUAAACCAGCAUCGACCACAAAAUUUAAAAAAAAAUGAUGUGAGAAAUGCAUGCAAUGCUGAAAAUCUAUAAGAAAAUUGCUACUACACAGUGACAUCAGGAAAAACAUUAUUUAAAUCUGUAAAAUGAAGUAAAGAUAUAUAUAUAUACAACAUAUUGUUAAAUUUCUGUACAUUUUCUUAAACAUACUAUUUUCAUCAUUAUAUCUUUAUCAGAGUUAUGGCUUAAUUCUUAUUCAUUUUGUGAUAUAUGACUAGCUGCCAUAUAUAUGCUUCAAAUCCUGCUCAUUGCAUAAUAAAGCAAGCAGUUUAUAUGUACAUGCUACCAUCUAUACAUGGACAUGAUCGAGUAAAUCUGUAUAUGUACUAUGUACCUAUACCUCUUGUAAACAUAAAUUAAGAUCUGUCUUUUCUCUAUGCAUAUGGAUUAUAUAUUUACCAGCAGCAUUAAAAUGUUGGAUUAUG